UUCCUACAAAAUGGGCGUACAACCCGGCGGUUAAUCUUUUUUCUGAGCACAGCACACUCAGUCACCAUGCUAUUGCUAAAGUACUCGGAAAAGCAGUUUUCAUCUUUGAGGUCGUGAUACUUUCUCCCAUCCAUUUCCUGGUUGACAGUCUGUUGUGCAAUAUGAGGCUGGUGAUACUUGAUGACUACAACAAGGCCAGUGAAUGGGCGGCCAAGUAUGUGAGGAACCGGAUCUUGGAAUUCAACCCUGGACCUGACAAGUACUUCACACUUGGCUUGCCAACAGGAGGUACCCCGGAGGGGAUGUACAGAAAGCUGAUAGAGUAUCACAAGGAUGAAGGGCUCUCCUUUCAGUAUGUCAAGACAUUCAACAUGGAUGAGUAUGUAGGCCUACCACGAGACCACCCAGAGAGUUACCACUCAUUCAUGUGGAACAAGUUCUUCAAGCACAUCGACAUCCUGCCCGAGAAUGCCCAUAUUCUGGACGGCAAUGCCAAGGACUUGGUAGAAGAGUGUAACAGAUACGAAGAAGAGAUUAAACAAGCUGGUGGAAUUGAAUUAUUUGUCGGAGGCAUUGGUCCGGACGGGCACAUAGCUUUCAAUGAGCCUGGCUCCAGUCUGGUGUCCAGGACACGAGUCAAGACCUUAGCCCACGACACGAUCAUUGCCAAUGCCAGGUUCUUCGAGGGGGACAUCUCCAGAGUCCCAACCAGUGCCCUGACCGUGGGUGUCGGCACUGUCAUGGAUGCUAGAGAAGUCAUGAUCAUCAUCACUGGUGCACACAAGGCUUUUGCCCUGUACAAAGCUGUAGAAGAGGGGGUCAGCCACAUGUGGACUGUCUCGGCCUUUCAGCAGCACCCAAAGACCAUCUUCAUCUGCGAUGAGGAUGCCACGCUGGAGCUGCGAGUCAAGACGGUCAAGUACUUCAAGGGGCUGAUGAAGGUCCACGACAAACUCGUCCAGACCUCUCACGAACAGUCGGCCAAGAGGCCAAAACUGAAGUGAGAGAGCUCAGAAAAGCUCCGAUAUUUUUUCUAAAGAAAUGAGCCGCGAUAGUGAGAAAAACAAGGAGUAGCUCGGCACUGGAAGUAUCUUAGAGGUGAAAUAAUAUGACAUUUAAACAACUGUCGGUGUUGACUGGAUUUGCAAUUAAGUACACAUUUUGUGAAGUACUGUGAAAUGCAGUGUUUCUUGCCAUCGUUUAUGCACAAAGUAAAAUUAGCUCUGGUACUAUUUUUGCACAGUUUUGAACUUCAUUCUGAUGGUUUUUCCGUCAGUAAGUCCUUGGUGUUCAUGAGGCCUGGCCUUCAUGCAGAACAGCAGAGAAAUCUUUGGCAAUUACCAUUCUUCAGUAAGGUGUUAUCUCGUCAGAACGGGUACAUGUUUGAAACGGAAGUUUCCAGAUGAGUUAUUUGUACUUUAUUGUUUAUUGCACAGCUAUCUGUAAAAAAGGCUCCCAAACACUCGAUUGCAUGUAUUUUUUGAGAGUAACGAAAAGAUAAAUAAGUACACCUGCAUUGAAAUCCCCUCAGCUUAUUACCAUAAGUGUUGUGUGCACUCUUUCAGUGCCUCUGAACUCAGCUCUGCCAUUUGCUCAUCAGUUCUGUGAUCUUGUCACUGUACUUGCCAGCAGCCACAUCUUCAGCCAUCCUGAAUAAUUAAACCGAAGAUCCUGAUUAAAACCAGCGUAUCAAGCAUUGCCUUGUCAUCAUAGAAAAUGUUAAAGAUGAUCUCCUCAAAUGAGAUGUUUUAGAUUCACAUGAAUUGGUACUCAUGAAAUAGUUGUCUGUAAGAGAAUUGAUGAAAAAUUUAGACAGUUGGAAGGGUGAGAAGAUUUGGAGUUGGAUUUGUAGUUGGAAUAAUAAAUAGAUUAAAAAAAGUGAAGAUGAUUAAGUUUGAGAAAGGUCUUCCUGAACCAUUGUUGUCAUGAAGUAAUCAGAAAAUUAAAGUCGAUGUGUGUCUAUGCAACCUUUUUCUGAACUGUAAAGUGGAUGUUUUUUCCAAGUCUCAUUGGAAAGUUCACUUUCAGGAAAAUAAAGUUGACUUUUCUGAGUUGGUACUCCAAAAUGAUUUUAAGGCAUUGAUAUGCUGCCCACUAGUAUUUUUCUUGAUAUUUAACUUUUUGAGUGUGUGUCUUUGCAAUAAAUAAACAAAAUAACUGGCA